AUGCCGCAGCUCGUAUGGCUUGUGACCGGAUGUUCGUCCGGGUUUGGAGAGCAGUUCGUCCUCGACAUUAUCGCGCGAGGAGACAGUGUGAUCGCUACUGGGCGUAACUUUGACCAGAUCAAGCACUUGGAGGAGCACGGAGCUACUAUAUUGCAACUGGACCUCACGGAUCCGCAAGACGUACUUGACGAAGUGAUCUCAGCCGCCGUCAAGGUCUUUGGCAGAAUCGAUGUUCUCGUGAACAAUGCCUCGUACAUUUCGAUAGGCACUUGGGAAGAUCUCGAGUAUAGUGACCUGGUGGCACAAUUUGAUACGAAUGUGUUUGGUACCUUCAAGGUGACAAGGGCAGUUCUACCAUAUUUUCGAUCUCAAGCGAAUGGGAUGAUUGUUUUCAUUGGUUCUCUUUCUGGCUGGAUUGGACACCCCGGCUGUAGUGCGUAUGCUGGUUCCAAGUUCGCUCUUGAGGGAAUGGUAGAGGGCCUCACCCAAGAAGUUGCACCGUUUGGUAUCAAGACUCUCUUGAUUGAGCCAGGAAGAUUUCGAACCAACCUAUUGUCCGCCAAUAAGAUGAAAGUUAGGCCAUCCAAGAUCCCUGACUACACAGAGUUUUCCAAAACUCUUCUUGGAUACCUCGGCAAUGAAGACCAAAGGCAGCCAGGAGAUCCACGAAAGCUUGUCAGCGUUAUCCUUGAUGUUGUGAGGCAAGAGGGUGUAGCAACUGGCAUGGACGUGCCAAUUCGGCUGCCACUCGGAAGCGAUGUGUACGCCGAUAUCAAGACCAAGUGCGAGGAAACACUGAAACUCCUGAGAGAGUGGGAGCCAGUCAUUCAGAACACGAACUAUUCGGAUUAG